ACUCUCUGCGGUAUUUCGACACCACUGUGUCCCGGCCCGGCCGCGGGGAGCCCCGGUACAUCUCCGUCGGCUACGUGGACGACACGGAGUUCGUGCGGUUCGACAGCGACGCCGCGAACCCGAGGAUGGAGCCGCGGGUGCCGUGGAUGGAGCAGGAGGGGCCGGAGUAUUGGGACCGGGAGACACAGAGCGCCAAGGGCGACACACAGACUUCCGGAAUGUGCCUGCAGAACGUGCGAGGCUACUACAACCAGAGCGACGCCGGGUCUCACACCUUCCAGAGUAUAUAUGGCUGUGAAGUGGAGUCCGAGGGGCUCUUCCUCCGCGGGUUCGCUCAGUACGCCUACGAUGGCGCCGACUACAUCGCUCUGAACGAGGACCUGAGCUCCUGGACGGCAGCGGACACGGCCGCUCAGAUCACCCAGCACAAGUGGGAGGCUGACAAGUAUGCAGAUGGGUUCAGGGCCUACCUGGAGGGCAGGUGCCCGGAGUCCCUCCGUAGAUACCUGGAGAACCGGAAGGAGGCACUGAAGCGCUCAGGUACUAGGGGCUGUGGCGCCUCCCCGAACUCUCUUUGAGUUGGGAUUGUGUCCACCCUUGUGGACUUUCAAAAGGAAAAUGGAAUACACACCAAAAUACCACCCCUUUCUCUGGGUGUAGAGAGUGAGGAGUUAGCCCAGAGUUCCAGAUCCUGUACCACAGAGCAAUCCUAUAGGGUCGCUAUGAGUCGGAAUCGACUGGACGGCAGUGGGUUUUUUUGUCUGGUGGUACCAGAGAGCGACUUGGCCAGAGGAGCCCUUCUUUCAGAGACUGUUAAGGGACCCACUCACUCUGGGGAUAGGAUAGUAGGGGAGAUAAUUCCUGACAGAUCACAAGCUCCCUUUGAUCCUGGAAUUGACCUUGAGAACCACCAGCAACUUUUUCUCUCAAAUCUUGUUCUCUGCCACAUACCUGAUCAGUUUGGAGGUCUGAUUCCAGCUUUUCUGAGUUGCUCAGCCUCCACUCAAGUCAGAACUAGAAAUCCCUGUUCUCAGACACCUGGAGCCUCCUACUCUGGGCUGCCUCACCCUGUUUCUAGAACUUUCUGAAGAAUAAGAUUAUCCCAGAUUCCUGGUCCAGGCUGGUUUCUCACUCCCUCCCCUAUCUCAAUUGUCCUGUCCAUUCUCAGGAUGGUCACAUGACCACUGCUCAGGUAACCCAUGGGAGUUGAUGGUAAGUUCCUGAAU